AUGGUCGCCGACACAUGUUCAGCAUGCACUCGAUCGCAAGUGACUCAUCAACCUGUGACGGACCAUAUGAGCUACUGUCCUGAGGACGAUUCGUUCGUGAAGACCGGGACGCCUGACGAUGACGAGUACUACACUGGAGUCAUCAAACUCUUGAAUGACGGACUGACGUUCACAGCGGAGAAAGAAGAAUAUCUCAAGAAGUGGAACGAGUGGAUGGAACUGAAAGCGAUGACGAUAGUUCCCCAGGCGUACAACGCUUACAUCAACGGGGUUACAUCCGAGCGGGCAAGCGGAACCGAUGUGGCUGCCCUCAUCGAGGGCUUUACGCAGCUGGAGGAGUCGAAUCGGCGACAGAAUGGACCAGACAUCAGACUCGAGCCUGAGGAAAAGCGCAAGCUGGCCUUAGUGACGAUGGCGAUUCUGAACGGCAUUCCUUGGACACUUGGCGCUUAUAGAGUCUUCUAUUACUACAUGGAGUCUGAGGCCCGAGUGAAGGAUCUGGAAGAUGAACAGACUUUUGAGUUGACGGACCAGACAAAGGAGCCGUCCAAUGAACAAUGA